AUGUUACCGUCGAAAACAUUAGCUGCGCAGUGUGAAAAGUCAGCUCCUGGACAUAAAUCUAGUAAGGAAAGGCUCACUGUCAUGAUAUGUUCAAAUGCAUCGGGUACACACAAGCUAAAACUAACAGUGAUCGGGAAAGCUAAAAAACCACGAUCGUUCAAAGGAACAGACGUGAAAAGACUUCCGUGUAACUAUUACAGCCAUCCAAAAGCUUGGAUGAAUCAGGCUAUUUUCAAAGAAUGGUUUUUUCAAGAUUUCGUGCCAUCUGUGAAGAAAUUUCAGGAAGAAAAUGGACUUCCAAAGAAAGCUGUUCUCCUACUUGACAACGCUCCUAGUCACCCAUCAGAAUCUACCCUGAAAACCGAGGAUGGGCUAAUUUUUGUCACCUACCUUCCUCCUAACGUCACAUCAUUGAUACAACCAAUGGACCAGGGCGUCAUUUCUUCCUUAAAACGGAGGUAUAAAAAGAUUUUUCUCCGUUUCCUUCUCCAAGAAAAUUGUGUCGAUUCAAUGAAGGACCUCCUCAAAAUGUGGACAAUAAAAGAUGCCAUUUUUGCUGUUUGUGAUGCAUGGGAAAACUUGCCAUCGAGUACAUUAAGACUUUGCUGGGCAAAAAUUUUGGACCAAGAAUAUGGGGAAGAAGACAACAUGGAUGAGCACGAUGUUGUACAAACUUGCCUUGAACUGUCUAGAUCUAUUCCAGAUUUCAUCAAUGUUGACCGAAACGAUAUUGUUGAUUGGCUGCAAAAAGAUGAAAAUGAGGAGGGGUUUGAAAUCCAAACCGAUAGUGACAUUGUAGCGCAUUAUCUUAGUAGUGAUACACUAUCUACUUCUCAACUGCCUGAUUCGGAGGAGAUUGAUAGUGACACUGACAAUUGUUUUGGUCCGACAGAAGAGAAAAUUCAACCAACAAAAGCAAUGGAAGCAAUUGAUAUUCUUCUGAAUUUAUGCGAGCAGGAAAAUUUUGAUUUAAACGAUGUCAUCAGUCUCAGAAAAAUCAAGACCGAGGUGAGAAAAGUUAUUGCCAACCGUAAAAAACAAAAACUGAUAACAUCUUAUUUUCGACCUAUGUAA